AUGAAAGAUUUGGACCCUCUUGCUUUUACUGUUGAACUUGGUCAGUUUUAUGAAAAGUCAAAGACAGCAGGCAAUGUGUCUGUUACAAUGAAGAGAAUGACCGCACAAAGACUAGUCAAAGCAUCCAAAGUAAAGAAGGAGAUGCCCAAAGGUGGCAGUGCCGUUGUUGCCAAUGCUGAGGCAGAUGAUGUUCAAUACCCUUGUCUCGUGCGUGCAGUGUACAAGAAGAACAAGAUCAGUACUAUUAUUGCUCCUGAUGAUUUUGAUAGAUUCCAAAAUGCCUAUAGUACGAUUAUUAGAGCCUAUAUGGACACUUUGAAGAAGAAGGAUCGCUCCAAGAAAGUAAAGAAAGUGUCAAAAUGA